ACGUUUCGUCCCUUUUUGGCGUCUGCCCUCAGCCAAAAUGGCGCCAUCUCGGAAGUUGCCGAAGCGCUAGAAGUUGCCGAAGCAGGUCCGGAAGCUGCCGAAGGAGUCCGGAAGUUACCGAAAGAGAGCAGCGGGGAAGAAGGAUGGCGGAUAUCAUCGCAAGACUCCGGGAGGACGGGAUCCAAAAGCGUGUGAUACAGGAGGGCCGAGGAGAGCUCCCCGACUUUCAGGAUGGAACCAAGGCCACGUUCCACUACCGGACUCUGCACAGCGACAAGGAGGGCACCGUGCUGGACGACAGCCGGGUGCGUGGCAAGCCCAUGGAGCUCAUCAUUGGUAAGAAGUUCAAGCUGCCUGUGUGGGAGACCAUCGUGUGCACCAUGCGUGAGGGGGAGAUCGCCCAGUUCUGCUGUGAUGUCAAGCACGUGGUCCUGUACCCGCUGGUGGCCAAGAGUUUGCGCAACAUCGCGGCAGGCAAGGACCCCCUGGAGGGCCAGCGACACUGCUGUGGCAUCGCCCAGAUGCACGAGCACAACUCCCUGGGCCACGCCGACCUGGACGCCCUGCAGCAGAACCCCCAGCCUCUCAUCUUCGACAUUGAGAUGCUCAAGGUGGAGAGCCCCGGCACGUACCAGCAGGACCCCUGGGCCAUGACGGAUGAGGAGAAGGUGAAGGCGGUGCCGCGCAUCCACCAGGAGGGCAACAAGCUGUACCGGGAGGGCCACGUGCAGGCGGCCGCUGCCAAGUACUACGACGCCAUCGCCUGCCUCAAGAACCUGCAGAUGAAGGAGCAGCCUGGAUCCCCUGACUGGAUCCAGCUGGACCAGCAGAUCACCCCGCUGCUCCUCAACUACUGUCAGUGCAAGCUGGUGGCCCAGGAGUACUACGAGGUGCUGGACCACUGCUCGUCCAUCCUCAACAAGUACGACGACAACGUCAAGGCCUACUUCAAGAGGGGCAAGGCGCACGCGGCCGUGUGGAACGCCCAGGAGGCCCAGGCUGACUUUGCCAAGGUGCUGGAGCUGGACCCCGCCCUGGCGCCCAUCGUGGGCCGGGAGCUGCGGGCCCUGGAGGCACGGAUCCGGCAGAAGGACGAAGAGGACAAGGCUCGCUUCCGGGGCAUUUUCUCCCACUGAUAGGGCCUGGCCGGCCCUGCCUGGCCUGCCUGCCCCGCUGCUGCUGCCACUGACGCCCCUGCCCCCGCUGCGUCCCGCUUCCCUGUAUAUAAAGGCCGUAUUUAUCUCUUCCUGGA